GAUUUACGUGGUUCGAUCCAAACUGACCUACGUCCACGGGAGCACACCACUGCACUAUAAUCUGGGAGAAAAAUAAUACACGGAGGAGCCACUGCUCAACUCUCUCUCACUAUCACACCUCUCUGCUCUCUGCACUCUGCACUCUGCACUCUGCAAUACACACACUCACACAACUCUCUGCUGCACACACAUAUAUAUAUACAAGAGGGGGGAGCAAUAUUCAAAUAUGGUGGCUUGCAAUUUCAGCAAAGCCUGCAGAGCAGGUGGCCGUCCAUCUCCAGUGUCAAAGAUGGUUGCUGGUUUUGGUGCGGCUGUCUGCGGCUCCACACCUGCGGAAUUCAACAAUACCCUCGACGAAAUCAUCAACCGUCUCCGUUCGAACUACCCCGACUACGCCCGAACAAAGCAACAAGUCCUCGCCAGGCAGGUCCAACGUGCCCUUGAAGAAUCUAAACACUUCCUAAACAACAACAAUAACAAGCACAAGAGGAACAAAUCCCACUCUCCUUCUCGAACCCUAGUCUGCGCCGCUGAUGAUGAUGAAGAAGAACAAGAUGAUGAUUGCCAAUUCCGAAGCCCAACUCCGAAGAAGCUGAAGAAGAUUGAUGAGAGUGAACAGAGAUUGCUAUAUAGAGAGGUUCAGCAUCUUCGAAGGCGGCAUGUGGAGCAGGAACGUCCGUCGACCGGUACUACGUCGUCUUCAUCAUCGUCCUCUUCUGACGAUGAAACGGAUGGUGCCGUAUCGACGUCGGAGGACGCGAUAUAUGGCGAGAGACUGGAGCCCGGGUUCGAUUUGAUGAGGUCAAUGCUGCGCUCGAGUUACAGCAAAGCAAAGCCUGCGGUGGAAUCGAAGCCGGAGGAGAAGAAUCUUGGGAUGGAGGAGGUUGCUCAGAAGGCCAAGAAGAUCAAUUCGGUUGAAGGAGAGAGAAUUGAAGGAAUUGGGACGGAUUCGAAACCAGAAGUGAAGGGUUCCGGCGUUGGAGGCAAUGGUGUUGGUGGCGGUGGUGAGGUGAAGGGGAAGGACGAGCCAAUGUUUAGGGAUUUGGGUGGAAUGGGAGGGGUGGUGGAGGAGUUGACAAUGAAUGUUGUUGUUCCGUUGUACCAUCCGCGACUACCUCAGUGUCUCGGAGUUUGGCCGCCAGUGGGGAUUUUAUUGCACGGUCCACCUGGGUGUGGAAAGACGAAGCUGGCUCAUGCCAUUGCCAAUGAGACUGGAUUUCCAUUUUAUAGAUUUCAGCUACUGAAGUGGUCUCUGGUGUUUCAGGUGCAUCUGAAGAGAAUAUUGGAGAGCUUUUCUCAAAAGCUUACAGGACUGCUCCUUCAAUUGUAUUUAUUGAUGAGAUUGAUGCAAUUGCUUCAAAAAGAGAAAAUCUACAGAGGGAGAUGGAACGAUGCAUAGUGACAACUAAUGACCUGCAUGGAGGAAUCACACAGACUUGUACAACCAGCUGAUAAAGAUUUGAAUUCAGAAAGCUCUCAUCUCGGUCCUGGCUAUGUACUUGUGAUUGGAGCUACCAAUAGAAUCGAUGCUGUUGAUCGUGCAUUAAGGAGGCCAGGAAGAUUUGAUCUUGAGAUUCUGUUGGGUGUACCAGAUGAAAAUGCAAGAUUUGAUCUUGAGAUUCUGUUGGGAUUUGUUCUUAGCUUGUUUCUUCAUUGUAUAGCAACUGGAAAACUGAAGCGAUACCAAACAGCCCCUUUUUGUUGGACAUUCCUCCUGGCAGAGAAAAGCCUUUGUGAGUGCAACAAAAAACUGAAGUUGCCUUGUUGGUCCUUUGUUUGGUUACCAUUUCAUGCUACCGACAUUUGUCUAUGUUCUAUUUAUCUGGACAUAAGUUUGAUGAGCAUUCUAUUAUCACUGAAUUUGGUUAUCAUUAAGACAAGGUUAGCUUGGUCUUUACCUCAUGCAUCAAUUAGUUGUAUGCAGCUGAUAGGGACAUUAGGAAUCAUGAACACUUGAUUUUGUGGAUUGUUAGUAUCUUUAUUUGUGGACUUUCAAUUCUAUUGCUUUUG